AUGGCGACGAUUAUCGACGUCGAAGCCAUCAAGAAACGCUCAUGGAGCGUGACGAGCAGCUACACCCCCAACAACAUCAUCACCUACAACAUCGCCCUGGGCGUCAAGGGCACAGACCUGUCGCGAUGCUUUGAAGCACAUCCCGACUUUGCGGCCGUGCCGACGUUCGCCACUCUCCCCGUCAUCUCAGUCAUGCGUGAAGUUACCUACGGGAUGAUGGAAUUCCUCCCAAACUUCCAGGCGCACAACCACGUCCACGGCGAGCACUACCUCGAGAUGAAGGGGACGUUUCCAAAGCAAGCGACACUACACACUACCGCACGCGUGGUGGAUAUUGUGGAUCGAAGAACUGGCGUCACCGUCGCUGUGGGCAUCACUACCGUCGACGCAGCCACGGGCGUGGAGAUCUGCUACAGCGAGUGGACAUCCUUCGUCAUGAAAGUCCCCGGGGCUGGGGCUUCGACGAAACCGAUACCUCGCGGUGCAGCCACAGCCACACACGCGACGCCCACAGAUCGCAAGCCGGACGCUGUGGUGGAAUACCAAACCUCACCAGAGCAAGGAGCCCUGUACCGCGCCGCGUCGGGAGAUCUGAACCCCUUACACAUCGACCCGGCCGUUGCCAAAGCAGGCGGCUUUCCGGGGCCGAUCCUGACGGGUACGUGUACCGUGGGAAUGGGUGUGCUGCACAUCAUCGACACGUUUGCCGGCGGCGACUUUAAGCGGUUCCAGAGCGUGAAGUUGAGGCUGAGCAAGCCUGUGUAUCCUGGCGAUGUGGUGCGGACGGAGAUGUGGCGAGAGGAUGGGGGGAGGAAGAUUCUGUAUAGACAGGUUGUGGGCGACAGGGUGGUGAUUUCGCAGGCGGCGGUCAUCCUGAGGGAUGCUUCUGAGGUGCUGAAGGCGAGGCUGUCCUAG